UUUACCCACUAUUAUAUUUCGUUUGUUGAAUAAUUGUUGCUGAUGAUAGAAUUUUCGAUACAUUUCAAUGAACGUUUGCUUUAAUAUAAAUAUCAUUAAUCUAGGCUAAUUUGUUUAGUGUCCGUUUCAAACGAAAAAAAUAAUGAACGCAUUUUUUAAACAGAAUGGAAGGUGGAAUUUUUGAAAAUAAAAAGUGAUAAUUUCAGGUGCAAAUAUUUGAAAAGGGACAAAAUGAAAGCACUUAGAUUAUUUUUCAUUCUAGCUGGAUUUAAUGUGGUCAAGUGUUCUCAUUUCGGAGGUGGGGUGUUCAUGUGGGCUCCCUUAAAUGGUGGUAACAGUGUUAAAGUGACUAUGCGGUUAACAUGGAGUUUCACUACUGCACAAUGUUCCGAAACAGCAAUAUCAUCUGGUACAGUAACGGGUGAUUCAGCGUCUAUUACAUGCUCUGGUUGUACAACAAUGUCAUUAGGGACCUAUCAAAUCCGUUGUCAGGAUUCUAUGACAGGUUCAUGGGGCUCUGGUGAAACCAGUUUCACUGUAAACACAUCAACAAACAAACAAUUUACAUUCUGGUUUACCGGCGGUAAUUGGAUAGGUUUACUAUCAGACGGAGGUGAUUGGUAUAUAAAAUCCACAGUUGACCUGACAGCACGACAGGAUAUAGGACGAAUAAACUCGUCGCCUACAGUUAACAUGCCGUCUGUACUAUACUGGAAAACAGGAUGUUCUUAUACAUAUACUUUACCAGUUCAUGACGUAGAUGGUGACGUAAUACGAUGCAGAUGGGCAAGCGGAUCUACUGAAUGUGCAGGUGUUUGUCAGGCUUUUCCAGGAGCUUCAUUAAAUGAGGCGACAUGUACUAUAUCAUACACAGCAGGUACGUCCACAGGGUUUUACGCAGUAGCCAUACAAGUGGAAGAUUUUAUGACCACAACUUCAACAACACCUCUAAGUAGCAUACCUGUUCAAUUCAUGGUCCACAUUUAUUCAGGGAGUGGUUGUUCAGAUGCACCGCAAUUUAUAGACCCAACACCUACUGCCAACACAAGGGUCGUUAGUGACAUCGGCAGUCAGUACAACUUUACAAUCAAAGUACAGGGACCACAAUCCGUCACAAGUGAAACAAGAUGCAUUGUUUUACAUGCAGAAAUUGACGAAUGCGGAAGUAAUCCAUGUAAGAACAAUGGAACUUGCACCGAUUUUGUCAAUUUCUACAAUUGUUCUUGCCAACCAGGCUACCAAGGAAUCAACUGUGAAAAUGAAACUGAUGAAUGCGGAAGUAGUCCAUGUCAGAACGGUGGAACUUGCAGUGAUUAUAUCAACUUCUAUAAUUGUUCUUGUUCACCAGGCUAUGAAGGCAUUAAUUGUGAAGCGGAAAUAGACGAAUGCAGAAGUAAUCCAUGUAAGAACAACGGAACUUGUAAUGAUUUUGUCAAUUUCUACAAUUGUUCUUGUCAACCAGGCUACCAAGGCAUUAACUGCGAAAAUGAAACUGAUGAAUGCGACAGUAGUCCAUGUAAGAACGGUGCAACUUGCAAUGAUUAUGUCAACUUCUAUAAUUGCUCUUGUCCACCCGGUUAUAAAGGAAUCCAUUGUGAAGAAGAAAUUGACGAAUGCGGUAGUAAUCCAUGUAAGAACAACGGAAAUUGUAAUGAUUUUGUCAAUUUCUACAAUUGUUCUUGUCAACCAGGCUACCAAGGAAUCAACUGUGAAAAUGAAACUGAUGAAUGCGGAAGUAGUCCAUGUCAGAACGGUGGAACUUGCAGUGAUUAUAUCAACUUCUAUAAUUGUUCUUGUUCACCAGGCUAUGAAGGCAUUAAUUGUGAAGCGGAAAUAGACGAAUGCAGAAGUAAUCCAUGUAAGAACAACGGAACUUGUAAUGAUUUUGUCAAUUUCUACAAUUGUUCUUGUCAACCAGGCUACCAAGGAAUUAACUGCGAAAAUGAAACUGAUGAAUGCGACAGUAGUCCAUGUAAGAACGGUGCAACUUGCAAUGAUUAUGUCAACUUCUAUAAUUGCUCUUGUCCACCCGGUUAUGAAGGAAUCCAUUGUGAAGAAGAAAUUGACGAAUGCAGUAGUAAUCCAUGUAAGAACAACGGAAAUUGUACCGAUUUUGUCAAUUUCUACAAUUGUUCUUGUCAACCAGGCUACCAAGGAAUCAACUGUGAAAAUGAAACUGAUGAAUGCGGAAGUAGUCCAUGUCAGAACGGUGGAACUUGCAGUGAUUAUAUCAACUUCUAUAAUUGUUCUUGUUCACCAGGCUAUGAAGGCAUUAAUUGUGAAGCGGAAAUAGACGAAUGCAGAAGUAAUCCAUGUAAGAACAACGGAACUUGUACCGAUUAUGUCAAUUUCUACAAUUGUUCUUGUCAACCAGGCUACCAAGGAAUUGACUGUGAAAAUGAAACUGAUGAAUGCGACAGUAGUCCAUGUAAGAACGGUGCAACUUGCAAUGAUUAUGUCAACUUCUAUAAUUGCUCUUGUCCACCCGGUUAUGAAGGAAUCCAUUGUGAAGAAGAAAUUGACGAAUGCAGUAGUAAUCCAUGUAAGAACAACGGAAAUUGUACCGAUUUUGUCAAUUUCUACAAUUGUUCUUGUCAACCAGGCUACCAAGGAAUCAACUGUGAAAAUGAAACUGAUGAAUGCGGAAGUAGUCCAUGUCAGAACGGUGGAACUUGCAGUGAUUAUAUCAACUUCUAUAAUUGUUCUUGUUCACCAGGCUAUGAAGGCAUUAAUUGUGAAGCGGAAAUAGACGAAUGCAGAAGUAAUCCAUGUAAGAACAACGGAACUUGUAAUGAUUUUGUCAAUUUCUACAAUUGUUCUUGUCAACCAGGCUACCAAGGCAUUAACUGCGAAAAUGAAACUGAUGAAUGCGACAGUAGUCCAUGUAAGAACGGUGCAACUUGCAAUGAUUAUGUCAACUUCUAUAAUUGCUCUUGUCCACCCGGUUAUGAAGGAAUCAAUUGUGAAGAAGAAAUUGACGAAUGCAGAAGUAAUCCAUGUAAGAACAACGGAAAUUGUACCGAUUUUGUCAAUUUCUACAAUUGUUCUUGUCAACCAGGCUACCAAGGAAUCAACUGUGAAAAUGAAACUGAUGAAUGCAGAAGUAGUCCAUGUCAGAACGGUGGAACUUGCAGUGAUUAUAUCACCUUCUAUAAUUGUUCUUGUUCACCAGGCUAUGAAGGCAUUAAUUGUGAAGCGGAAAUUGACGAAUGCAGAAGUAAUCCAUGUAAGAACAACGGAACUUGUACCGAUUUUGUCAAUUUCUACAAUUGUUCUUGUCAACCAGGCUACCAAGGAAUUAACUGCGAAAAUGAAACUGAUGAAUGCGACAGUAGUCCAUGUAAGAACGGUGCAACUUGCAAUGAUUAUGUCAACUUCUAUAAUUGCUCUUGUCCACCCGGUUAUGAAGGAAUCAAUUGUGAAAAAGAAAUUGACGAAUGCAGAAGUAAUCCAUGUAAGAACAAUGGAACUUGUACCGAUUAUGUCAAUUUCUACAAUUGUUCUUGUCAACCAGGCUACCAAGGAAUCAACUGUGAAAAUGAAACUGAUGAAUGCGAAAGUAUUCCAUGUCAGAACGGUGGAACUUGCACUGAUUAUAUCAACUUCUAUAAUUGUUCUUGUUCACCAGGCUAUGAAGGCAUUAAUUGUGAAGCGGAAAUAGACGAAUGCAGAAGUAAUCCAUGUAAGAACAACGGAACUUGUAAUGAUUUUGUCAAUUUCUACAAUUGUUCUUGUCAACCAGGCUACCAAGGCAUUAACUGCGAAAAUGAAACUGAUGAAUGCGACAGUAGUCCAUGUAAGAACGGUGCAACUUGCAAUGAUUAUGUCAACUUCUAUAAUUGCUCUUGUCCACCCGGUUAUGAAGGAAUCAAUUGUGAAGAAGAAAUUGACGAAUGCAGAAGUAAUCCAUGUAAGAACAACGGAAAUUGUACCGAUUUUGUCAAUUUCUACAAUUGUUCUUGUCAACCAGGCUACCAAGGAAUUAACUGCGAAAAUGAAACUGAUGAAUGCGACAGUAGUCCAUGUAAGAACGGUGCAACUUGCAAUGAUUAUGUCAACUUCUAUAAUUGCUCUUGUCCACCCGGUUAUGAAGGAAUCCAUUGUGAAGAAGAAAUUGACGAAUGCAGAAGUAAUCCAUGUAAGAACAACGGAAAUUGUACCGAUUUUGUCAAUUUCUACAAUUGUUCUUGUCAACCAGGCUACCAAGGAAUUAACUGUGAAAAUGAAACUGAUGAAUGCGAAAGUAGUCCAUGUCAGAACGGUGGAACUUGCACUGAUUAUAUCAACUUCUAUAAUUGUUCUUGUUCACCAGGCUAUGAAGGCAUUAAUUGUGAAGCGGAAAUUGACGAAUGCAGAAGUAAUCCAUGUAAGAACAACGGAAAUUGUACCAAUUUUGUCAAUUUCUACAAUUGUUCUUGUCAACCAGGCUACCAAGGAAUUAACUGCGAAAAUGAAACUGACGAAUGCGACAGUAGUCCAUGUAAGAACGGUGCAACUUGCAAUGAUUAUGUCAACUUCUAUAAUUGCUCUUGUCCACCCGGUUAUGAAGGAAUCAAUUGUAAAGAAGAAAUAGACGAAUGCAGAAGUAAUCCGUGUAAGAACAACGGAAAUUGUACCGAUUUUGUCAAUUUCUACAAUUGUUCUUGUCAACCAGGCUACCAAGGAAUCAACUGUGAAAAUGAAACUGAUGAAUGCGACAGUAGUCCAUGUAAGAACGGUGCAACUUGCAAUGAUUAUGUCAACUUCUAUAAUUGCUCUUGCCCACCCGGUUAUGAAGGAAUCAAUUGUGAAGAAGGUAUUGGCAUUUGCGAAAGUUUUGUAUGUAAAAAUGAUGGAACUUGUCAUGAUUAUAUCACAUUCUACACCUGUUCUUGUCAACAGGGCUAUGAAGGAAUAAACUGUGAACAUGAGAUUGACAAAUGCAGAAGUAAUCCAUGUAAGAACAAUGGAACUUGUAACAAUUAUGUCACCUCCUAUAACUGUUCAUGCCUGCCUGGUUAUGAAGGACUCAAUUGUGAAAAAGCCGUCUAUGGUGCAAAGUGUAGAAACGCCCAGAUGUGUCUAACAAAGGGUGCUAAGUGCAUCAACAACAUAUGCAUUUGUGCAACAAAUCAUUAUGACGCAGAGCUAGAUUUAUGCGAUACAUUGCCUUUAUAUCCAUAUGGCAUGCAUGUCGAUGACAAUUUAGUACCGAUUGUAAAAGAUUCUUGUAGUGAUCCAGUGGUGUUUGAUCAGGGCAUACCAAUAUUUGAUGAAAUACACACAAAACUCUUUGUCUGUUCAAAUGGACACAUUAGCUUUGAUAAACCAUUUAUAAGCCCAGUUCCGCCAAAGAAUGUGAAGAAGUUUUCAAACAAAACAAUUGUGGCACCUUAUUUCGCGGAUACAGGUGCUGGAAAUAUGUCCUUUCGGCAUUUCGACGUUUUAAACUCCCCGGAAGGGUUGGAACAAAAUGACACUAAAGAUGUUGAGUCAGUUGUACAAGACAUAGAGGGCGUUAAAGAAUUCGAUGCCAAAUUUAUACUGUUUGCAACUUGGGAGAACGUCAGUCCAUUCCAAAAGUCUUUAAACAAUGUGACAACUGCGACAUUCCAGAUUGUUAUUGCAACAAAUGGUAUGGAUACGUAUGCAUUAUUUCUAUACGGAUACAACAUGAUGGGUUGGAAACUUGUUUCAGCCAAGAAUGAGAAGCCUGAUAUAUGGAUCGGUUAUACAGCUUCAGGGGUAUAUCAUAGCACUGAUAUCAAUUCAUUCAAGAGAUCUGCACUCGAGAUAGAUAAAAAUGCAGUUACAAACGGAAUUUCUGGUCUGUUAUUCGAAAGACUUACCAAAGUUGGAACAAAACAACCCAACUUUGCAAUCAGUUGCAUUGACUGGUACAACAAAAAUAAGCAUUUAGAAGCAGAGAUCAGAGAAACAUCAGAUAAAAUGCCAGAGUGUCCAUGCAGUCUUGACAGUCUGGGUUUCGAUCCAUGGUUUUGGGGAUCAAGUGACGAUAUGAUAAAUUCAACUGUUUACAGUGUGCAGAUCCUGCCUUCCCAAUUAUUCAAGCCUUACGGAAAGACCUGUUUGUAUAACAUGACAACUGGGCUGUGGAUGAAUGAGAUACCAGAAGCUGGAGGUUUCAACAUCCAUCAUCCAGACUUAAAUGCCCGUGGACACACUGAGAAUGAUCUCAAUGCUAAAAUGUCAUGCUGUGAGAAAUCAAAAUUGUGUAAUUUAUAUUAUAAAUUACAUCCUGUCGGAUCAUGUUACAAUGAGACAUGGUUUGAGUUAGGCACUACUUGGGGUGAUCCACAUUUCAAAACGCUUGAUGGAAAUAACUACACUUUCAAUGGUCUUGGUGAAUUCACUUUACUACAAAUGGAUAAUGGAUUUCGGUUACAAGCACGUACUGGACGGGCGGUUAAAGAGGAUGGCAACUUCUCUGAUGCCACUAUAUUUACUGCCUUUGCCGCCUCCGAUAGUUCCGGGGCAAAAUUCCACGUUGAACUAAACGACGCUGAAAACGGUCUUACGCUCUACGCCAAUGACGUGGAUCUUUCUCUGCUAUUUAAGAAACUAGGCGUGGCAUCAUUUGGAUAUAGAACAAAUGAAAGCAACUUAGCCCUCCUUCGGAAAGAGGAUACCUUAGUUGUAUUUUUUCCGUCCGUCGCAAUAGCAUUAAAUAUAACAGUUGGAGUAAAGAUGCUUUCAAUGAAUGCAAUCGUUCCAAAAGUCUACAGAAAUAUGACAGAAGGACUCUUGGGGAAUUUCGAUGGCUUGGCUGACAAUGAUUUUAUCGCUCCAAAUGGAACUAAUCUCGGUUCAAAUUUGAACGACAGUGAAAUUCAUCAAUUUGGACUGCUGUGGUUAGUAAGUGGCAAUAAUACAAGUGUUUUUAAAUACUUUGACAACAAUACCUCAUCUGACUAUAGUAAUAAAAGUUACAUACCAAGAUUUCUUGAUACUGUGGAACCGGCUAAAAUAAAAGAAGCUGUGAAAUUAUGCGACGGAUUACAAAAUAUUCAGUGUGUUUUUGACUUUGCAUUUACUGACAAUGAAAAUGUUGCAAACGACACAAAGAAAAGGAAGAAUAAAGCGGAUGAAACAGACAUGGAAAUAAGAAAGGUUACACCUUCACUUAAAGGUUGUGAUGUUCUAUAUAUUUUGGAUCGCUCGAAACAAAUCAGCUGUAGUAUUGAGGUGCUAGGUGACACCGACAAUGAUCUCAUAUUCAACUUUACAGACAACACUGCAAAUGCUAUAUUUAACCAAACAUCAAGAAAUCUUAUGUUCAUGCAGACGUCUUUUGAACCCGUAAAAAUUAGUAUCACCGUUAUAAAAGAUGGAAGAAAAGCUAUCCCCUUCACAGUUAAUGUCAGGUUCUGCUCGGGUUGUAAUGAACAUGGCAAUUGCACAAAUAAGACAAGAUCUGAUCAACGAGAGGCCGAGUAUUUCAAAUAUUUAGAAUGUGUCUGUGAACCACAAUAUGAAGGUGAUGAUUGCGAGCAAGAAUUUGAUGGUUGUGCUUCAAAUCCAUGCUCCGUUGAUAGAAACUGUACAAAGUUGACGGCAUUAGAACAGAAGAAACUUGGUAAAAGUUACAACUGUAGUGCCUGUCCUGACGGAUUCAUAGAGGAUGGCGAUAAAUGCCUUGAUAUCGAUGAAUGUGCUGCCAAGUCCAAUCUUUGUGAACACACGUGUUUGAAUGUGGACGGAUCAUAUGAAUGUCUGUGUAACAUUGGAUAUAGAACAAGUUCAACAAAUAAUAGUCUUUGCAAUGAUAUCAACGAAUGCGACGAAUCGAUUAAUAACUGUAGUCAGCUUUGUGAAAAUGUGAACGGUGGUUUCAAAUGCAGCUGUUUUACAGGUUUUAUCUUUAACAAUGUCACAUGGAACUGUGAUAAAGAUGUCAAAGCGACAACAUGUACAGAAACAAAAAUCAUCGACUGUAGUCACACCGCUGGUUGUACUGUAGAUGAAAUCUCUUUAAAUGAGACAUGUUUUUGCGAAAAUGGGUUUGAACUUUCUACUAAUGGCACUGCAUGUAUAGAUAUUGAUGAAUGUGAACGUAAUAUAUGUCCUCAAAGAUGCAACAAUACUUUUGGAGAAUUUCAAUGUUUGUGCUAUUCCGGUUUUAAACGUCAAGAAGAUUUGAGUUGUAAAGAGUGUGAAUUUCCCUAUUGGGGCGAUGGCUGUUUAAAUGAAUGUAAAUGUUCAGGAAGAGGAGCUACAGACUGUAACCCUGUGCGUGGGUGCAUAUGUAAAGAUGGUUGGCAUGGCGACAAGUGCGAUGCCGAUAUAAAUGAAUGUGAUAUACUUGUUGACCCUUGUCAAGACGUUAAAAAAGAAUGUAUAAAUGAACCUGGGUCUUACAGCUGCAGAUGUAAAGACGGAUAUUCAGAAAAUGACGGCCAAUGUCAAGAUAUUGAUGAAUGUUCGAGUCCGAUUUUAAAUGAUUGUGAAGGUUUUUGUAUCAACACAAUUGGAGGAUAUUCAUGUGGUUGUUCCGAGGGAUUGACAAUUUACGAAAACACACGCUGUAAAGAUAUAGAUGAGUGCGCACUCGACCUUGACGACUGUGAGCAAAGAUGCCUCAACUUUAAGGGCCUUUAUAAUUGUUUUUGUCAUUUUGGUUAUCACCUCAACGAUGACAGAAAGACGUGCAAAGAAGUUGACAACCCAUGCAAAGAAGAGCUUAACCUGAAUUGCUCGCACUUCUGUGUUAAAACCGAAAUAUCCGCCAAAUGCGAGUGCAGAAACGGAUUCGAAAUUGGAGCCGAUCAUCAAACAUGUCUAGAUAUUGAUGAAUGUUCCUCAGCAGACACAAAUGACUGUACUGACGGUGCCGAAUGUAUAAAUACCGAUGGCUCUUACGAGUGUAAAUGUCCAAUAGGCUCAAAGCUAGAAAAUGACGGCAGAACAUGCUCAGAAUGUGACGAAUAUCACUAUGGGAAUGAUUGUUCGGAAAGCUGUAACUGUAUCAAUGGAGAUUGUGAUCGAAAAACAGGUUGUAUUUGUGAGAGCGGAUGGUUUGGAAAGGAUUGUGAUAGAGACAUAAAUGAAUGUUCGAGCACAUUAUGCAGCGGUGACAACAAACAAUGUAUAAACACCCCUGGUAGUUAUAAAUGUAUAUGUAAAUUAGGAUAUACAAAUGAAAGUGGUGAAUGCAAAGAUAUCGACGAAUGUUCCGACGUAAGGCUCAAUACAUGUGACCAAACCUGCAUUAAUAAUGUCGGAUCUUAUGCGUGUAGCUGUCAGCAAGGAUUUGCAUUCAUUAACGGUCAAUGUUCCGAUAUAGAUGAAUGCUUAGUAACAGCUAAAUGUCACCAAAUUUGCGAGAAUACAGUGGGCAGUUAUAGAUGUUCGUGUGAAGAAGGAUUUAAAUUAGAUCUAACUAACAGGCAAUCUUGCACUCCGAAUAAUCUAUGCAAUAUGACUGAAGUUGAAAAAUGCAGUGCAAGGAACGCCCAAUGUAAAAUAACUGAUACAAAUGCAGAUUGCUAUUGUUCUAAAGGCUUUGUGUUAAAUGACGAAGGUGUUUGUGAAGAUAUUAAGGAGUGCUCUCGGAGUCUAUCGCCGUGUUUUGAUAAAGAAUGCCAGGAAGAAGAAGGAGGAUUUCGAUGCAUCUGUGAACCAGGAUCAUUCCUAUUACAGGACGGAACUACGUGUCAAGUUUGUGAAAAGACAAAAUUUGGACCAGAGUGUAACUCAACAUGUAAUUGCCUUUUUGAAAACACGAAAUCAUGUGACCCAGUAAAUGGUGAUUGUGAUUGCCUCACGGGUUGGCAAGGUGAUACGUGCUCAAUUGAUGUCAACGAAUGCACUAAUGAGACAUUAUUUGAAUGUCCUGAAAAAUCAAAAUGCGUGAAUACCAACGGAUCGUACAUUUGUGAAUGUGAUAUAGGAAAUAUAAUGACUGGCGAUGAAAGAUGUGAAGGUUGUGACAGACAACAUUUUGGACUAAACUGUGAGUCUGAAUGUAAGUGUAUAACUGAUAACACCGACAUUUGUAAUAACACGGACGGAACAUGUAUGUGCAAUAAGGGCUGGACGGGUGAAACAUGUGAUCAAGAUAUCAAUGAAUGUUUGCAAUCAGAGGAUGUUUGUUCUGUAAAAGCCAACUCAGAAUGUCGCAACACUAACGGAUCAUAUAAAUGUGAAUGCAAAAGAGGAUAUUUUCCACAAAACAACAACUGUAUUGAUAAAGAUGAGUGUAACGAUGGCACAGCAAAUUGCAAGCAAGAAUGUGUUAAUAACGAUGGUGAUUAUGUAUGCAAAUGUUUUGCUGGAUAUAGAGGUUCCUGGAAUAAUUGUACCGAAUGUUCGGAUAAUCAAUAUGGAAUUAAUUGUACCCAUUCCUGUGAGUGUAACGCCACAAAUGUAGUCGAUGCAGAACAGUCAUGUAAUACUACAACAGGAAAAUGCUUUUGUAAAAGUAGUUGGCAAGGUGAUACCUGUAAUGAUGAUGUUAAUGAAUGUGGAAACGUGACAAAGUGUAAUGAUGAUGAAAACACUGGAUGUAACAACUUGAUAGGAUCGUACGUGUGUGACUGUUUAAGGGGAUUCUUACGCAACGGCGAAAAAUGCGUAAUAGAUGAACCAGCACCUCUAGAUAUUCCAGAAAACUUUGGCGUUAUAAAUCUAGUGACCCGACUAGACGUUGAUCUGUCAGAAGGCACUAAUCUUAACACAUCAACUACUUAUGAAGCCUUGAAGAUAAAAGUUACAUAUGCAUUGCUGCCUUUUCACAGAAGAUAUGCGCCUGAUGGAAUUGAAAUAGUGAUAUUAGACAUAAGACUAGGCAGCCUGAUUGUUAAUUACUCAAUUAUUUAUGACACGAUGGACCCUGAAAUACGAAAUAACCUAGUUCGUUCAGCAAUUGAUUUGGAAGCAGGGGCAACGCUUGAAUUCGAUGGGAACCCUGUGCAAGCCAGGGCAGAAUCACCUGGGAAUUUUACGGACCCUUGUGAAAUGUAUUUGAAAUUGGUUGGACCUUGCUCUAAAGGCUUUGAAUGCAUCAAAGAAAACGAAAGACCAAUGUGCAGAGAAAUACUGAAGCCAGGUAAGUGCUAUUUCUAUAAUUGGAGUAAAACAUUUAAUGGAACACAAAAUCAUGCAAUAGAUAUUGAAGCAUAUAGGUAUCCAAAGAAGUUAUUCCCAUUACAUGCUCAAUAUUUAUUAUUUAUUCUGCAUUACUGUCUUGUUUCACAAAUCAUCAGGACUAAUAUAAUUCAUUUUUAUGCCACCGCAGCAUCUGCGAUGCGGUGGCAUAUAGCGAUUCACCUGUGUGUAUGUAUGUGUGUGUGUGUGUGUGUGCGUGUGUGCGUGUGUGUGUGUGUGUGUGUGUGUGUGUGUUAUAUAGAUUAUAUAGUGAACUUAAAAAAUCUUCUUGUGAAAAACCGCUAGUCCAAUUUCAACCAAACUUGGCAGGAUUGUUCCUUGGGUGAAGGGCUUCCAAAGUUGUUCAAAGAAUUUCAUUCCAUGCAGAAAUCUGGUUGCCAUGGCAACCAAAAGGAAUUAUAAGGAUGAAUUUAAAAAAUCUUCCUGUAAAGACCCAAAAGGCCUAGAGCUUAGAUAUUUUGCAUAAGGCAUUGUCUGGUAGACCUCUAACAAGAUUGUUCAAAUUAAAGCCUUGGGGUCAAAAUUGGCCCCGCCCCGGGGGUCAUUGAUUUUCACUAUGUACAUAUAGUAAAAACUUAAAACACCUUCUUGUAAAGACCCAAAAGGCUUAGAGCUUAGAUAUUUUGCAUAAGGCAUUGUCUGGUAGACCUCUACCCAGAUUGUUCAAAUUAUAGCCCUAGGGUCAAAAUCGGCCCGCCCCAGGGGUCAUUGGUUUUCCUUAUAUGUAUAUAGUAAAAACUUUUAAAAAAUUCUUCUAGCAAUUGACAAAUGCGAAAGGUUAGAUAUUUUGCAUGAAACUUUGUGUUGUAAAACUCUAGCAAGAUUGUUCAAAUUAUAGCCCUGGGGUCAAAAUUGUCCCCGCCCUGGGGUUCAUUGAUUUCAAUAUAUACAUAUAAAGUAAAAAAUAUAAAAAAUCUUAUUGUCUGAAGGUACAAGGCUUAGAACUUUAAUAUUUGUUAUAUAAUAUCAUCUAAAGGUACUCUACCAAAGUUGUUCAAAUUUUCCUCUUGUGUCAAAAUAAGCCCCGCCCCUGGGAGCCAUAGGUUUAUCCUAUAUGUAUAUAGUUAAAACUUAAAAAAUCAUCUUCUCUAAAUUUACAAAGGAUAAAGUUAAGAUAUUUUGCAUGAAACAUUGUGUAGUGAACCUCUAGCAAGAUUGUUCAAAUUAUAGCCCUGGGGUUAAAAUUGGUUCCGCCCCGGGGGUCAUUGAUUUUCAUUAUGUACAUAUAGUGAAAAAAGAAAUUUUUUGUCUGAAGGUUCAAGGCAUAGAGCUUUGAUGUUUGAUAUAUAAUAUCAUCCAUAGGUCCUCUACCAACGUUGUUCAAAUGUCAAAAAUUGGCCCUGCCUGGGGGCAGUGAUUCUCAUUAUGUACACGUAGUAAAAACAGAAAAUAAAACAAAUGUUUUCUGAAUGGGAGAAAGCUAUAGCUUAGAUAUUUGACUUGAAAUGUUGUUUGGUGGACCUGUAUCAAGAUUGUUAUUAAACCCUUGGGUCAAAAUUAUGCCUUGCCCAAGGGGACAGUGACCUACUUUCUUGUCCUUUGAUGUACAGCAAUUACAUUUUGACCAUGUGCACAGUUUUAGUUGUAAAAUUGAACUUUGACCUAGAUUUUGAUGAUGUGGACUUUCUUUCUUGUCCUUUGG